UUCUCCUUCUGGAUUCCCAUGUCCUAUUACCAGGAGGAUUUCUUCAAAGAGUACCUCAAAAUGAUGGCGAACAUGGUCAUCCUGAACUUGCUGAUUUGCAUUUCGCUGGCGUUCUGGAUCGUGUCCAUGACUGCAAGUACGUACUACGGUACGUUACGACCCAUUUCUCCAUGGCGAUGGCUUUUUUCAGUCUUGGUUCCGCUAAUUAUUGCUACACAGGGUUUUAAGAAGAAGAGUCUUGAUCACAGUGGUGCAUUGGGAGGAUUGGUGGUUGGAUUUAUCCUUACUGUUGCAAAUUACAGUUUCUUCUCUUCUUUGUUUGUAUUUUUCGUUACUUCUUCUAAACUUACUAAAUGGAGAAAAGAUAUAAAGAAGCAGAUAGAUUCAGAAUACAAAGAAGGUGGACAGAGGAAUUGGGUUCAAGUAUUCUGUAAUGGUGGUGUUCCUACUGAGCUGGCUCUCUUAUAUAUGAUAGAAAAUGGGCCAGGUGAAAUUCCUAUAGACUUUUCAAAGGAAUAUACAGCAUCAUGGAUGUGCUUAUCCCUUUUGGGAGCUUUGGCAUGCUCUGCUGGUGAUACAUGGGCUUCAGAGAUUGGUAGUGUUAUGAGUAAAAGCAAACCAAGACUGAUAACAACGUGGGAACAGGUUCCAGUAGGUACUAAUGGAGCAGUUACUUUUGUGGGCCUGCUCUCAAGUUUGCUUGGGGGCAUGGCAGUAGGUAUAGCCUACUUUGUAACACAGCUGAUUUUUGUGACUGAUCUGGAAAUAUCUGCUCCGCAAUGGCCCAUUAUCGUGUUUGGCGCAGCUGCUGGCCUGCUGGGGUCACUUGUGGAUUCCUAUUUGGGAGCUACGAUGCAGUACAGCGGUUUUGACCAGAAUAUUGGCAUGGUUGUUAGCCACCAAACAAAAGACUCCAAGCACAUAUCUGGGAAACCUAUCUUAGACAACAAUGCAGUAAAUCUUUUUUCUUCUGUAAUCAUCGCUUUGGUACUUCCAGGCAUGUCAUGGUUUUUCUGGCCAAGGCGUUGAAAUGGUUUAAGGUUUUCUGCAUGUGAUUAAUUUAUGUUCAGUCUUACCCAAAGACUCCCAAGAGUUCUAUUCAAACUCUGUUGAAAAGAGAGCUCUGAAACUUUCAGAGAGCUGAAGGACUUUCCAUCUCAGCUUAAUAAGGCUGUAAGCAUCAUGUGGCAAUUGGCAUUUCUCAGGACUUGGACAGGGUUUGUCAAUAUGCUCUCGCUGCUC